AAUAAACUCGUAGUACAAAAUUCAAAUUCAAACGGAGCGGCCAGAUUAAUGAAAAAUAGUCAUUAAAUGGUGGGGACACUGGUCUCCAAGCCUUAUAUUUUGCACACCACAAUUACUGCGGUUAUCAUCAUAAUUAGAAUCAGUCUUAUGACUUCUGCACUCCAGAUAACGAUUUUAGAAUCAAUUUAUCAUGCAAUUUGAAUUCCCCAACAUCAACAUCAGCUGGAGAUAAAUAGUUAUUAUUCAAUUGAAGAGUUGCUGUUGAAUAAUUAUCGCUGGAGCCUAACAUUCAGUGGAAUUUGGCGCCUUGCGGUAGGAGUUCUUCUUUCUCGUAUUGACAUUUUGUUAAUUACUGAUAAAGUCGACUAAUCUCAGAUAAUUAUCAAAAGAGUUUCGUCCUCAAACUCAUUAUUGCUAUGUGAUUGCAACAAGUCAUCGAUAAAAAUGGCAGAGAAAAUUUCUCAUCUAUUAAAACUGAAAAACGAGUUGAAACAGAUUUUCCUCGUCGGAUUAGAUUCAGUGAGACCUCCUGUGCUGAUAAGGAGGAAAAUAAAAGUGACUGGUACUAGCUUACACGUUGAUAACAAGAUUUUUCCAUUAAGUCACAAUAUUUAUCUUAUUGGUUUCGGGAAGGCAGUGAUGGGAAUGGCAAUUGAAAUGGAGAAACUCCUAGGAAAUAAAUUGGUCAAGGGAAUUAUUAGCAUUCCUCGAGGCUCAAUGGCUCAAAUCACACCCACGGAUAGUCUUUCACUUUCUCAAUCAUCAAAAACUGUUGAUUACCGUGAUAAUAGUAAAUAUAAUCAAGCAGAUGAAGAUACUCUUGCCACUACGCAGGAAAUAAUGAAUUUAGCAACUAGUUUAGGGGAAAAAGACACUUUAAUUGUCUUAAUUUCGGGUGGAGGGUCAGCUUUACUCUCGAUGCCUCCGCCUUCCAUAACUUUGAGAGAAAAAAAUGAAUUCUGGAAGAAACUUCAGAACUCCGGAGCUGACAUUAAAGAGGUAAACACUGUGAGGCGGAAAUUAUCGAUGGUAAAAGGUGGAAAAUUAGCAGAAUUAGCUUAUCCAGCUACUGUCUUAAGUUUCAUUCUGUCUGAUGUCAUUGGAGAUCCAAUAGAGUUAAUCGCAGGUGGACCCACUUGUUACCCGUCCCAAGGUUGCUCGGAAGUUCUGAAAAUACUCGACAAAUACGACAUUAAAGACAUUGAUGAUAAUAUCAAAAAAUUAUUGACUAGGAACGAAGAAGUUGGCGAUACCAGUCAUUUUAUCAAUGUGAAUAAUUUCAUAAUUGGGAAUAAUUCGUGUGUAAUUGAUGCUGCACGGGAUGAAGCUAUUGCCAGAGGAUUUGAUGUGAUAAUUUUAUUUAAUGAUAUCGAAGGAUUGGUUAAAAAUAUCAGUAAACUGUAUGUUGAGCUGAUAACUCUCUUUUGUGGUGUGAUUGAUGAUUCGUUGACAGAAGAAGAGUUUGAAAAUUCUUUAAAGCAUUCUGGAUAUUACCAAAGACUCAGGCAGAGAGCUACACUUUUUUCAAUGAUCAGGAAUAAUAAUGAUAAAGGAUUAGUGUUGAUAGCAGGGGGAGAGCCCUCGGUUAUUGUCACAGGAACAGGAAAAGGUGGGAGAAAUCAGGAGUUAGCUUUGCAGUUCUCUCUGGAUUGGUUUCAUCAAAUCGCGAAGCAUCCAGAUCUGAAGAAAUUCGAUGUUGUUUUACUGAGUGCUGGAACUGAUGGACAAGAUGGACCAACGGAUGCUGCCGGGGCCUUUGGGUACGCUGACAUUUCGAGUCAUGAGAGAAGUAGAGACUAUUUGAUGAAUAAUGAUGCAUACAAUUUUUAUUCCAAUUUUGAGGAAGGGAGUAACUUAUUAAGAACUGGAUUCACAGGAACAAAUGUUAUGGAUAUCCACUUGAUUCAUAUCAAAAGAAAAAAAUCAAUUAUGAAUAUAAAUUUCAAGUAAACGAGUGGGACAUUAAAUUAAAUUCACAUGUUUCCUUGAAUUUGUUGAAAAAGUCAUUUUUUUAGGAAAACAAUCGUUCGGCAAAUAGUUUAUCAAAUAUGUUCUUAUCCAGUUACUUGAACGUUUUAUUAACAAAUAUAUAUUAAAUAUUUCUUUCUGGAAGACGUACAUUGCAGAGUGGGACAGUAAUACUAUAUUUUUCUGUCUGAUGAUAAAUUUUUACGUGAUUUUGCGGGCGAAAACAAUUAUUGUAAUUCUAAAGCAGCUAAAAGCAAAAUUCUAAUUAUUGAAUAUUUUGAAAAUUAUUUAUUAACGGGUAUUUAUAUUUUUAUGGGCUUUAGUAAAUGGCAGUGAGACGAGUGUUUUAAAACAGAAAACACUUUUUUUGCAAAGAAUAUGACAAUUGCUCUCGCUUCACGAAUUAUCAUUGCGAUUUUUUGGGAAGUGUUUCUAAUUAUGUUAACACUAAUUAUGUGAUCGAAUUUCAGGUUGUUAGCUUCAACUUUACCCCUUUUUCGAACAUUUUUAUAAAAAUUACAUGCACACCUAUUCUGAAAACAAUUAGUUUACAUUUCAUGACAUUCAACAUGAAUGUCAGAUCCUUAAUUAAAAAACUCACGUCACGUUUUGUGUCACCGUUUUAUUUUGCUAGGAUAUCGUAUAAUAUAAUAGUGCCUUCUUCAACGAAAUUAAAUAUCAGGAUAGAGUAUAUCUAAUAUAUUACAUAAAUAAUAAAAUUGCCUUAUUUCUUUA